AUGUCAGACAUUGAGUCAAUUCCUCUUCUUGAUAAAAGAAAGCCUUCUAAAAAGACCAAGCUUUUGCUCGGUUUAGGUGCUGCUGUCCUGAUUAUAGUAGGAACGAUAGGCACAAGUCAAUUGGCAUUUCAUAAGAAGAGUACUGUCCGCCAAAGCCCUGUUGAUUUUAAGGGUCGACUUGUGAAAGGAUCUAAGGCUGCUGUUGCUGUUGAAGCAGAAGAAUGCUCUCAAAUCGGUGUUAAAAUUUUAAAAGAUGGUGGUAAUGCUGUUGAUGCUGCUAUUGCUUCUACUUUGUGUAUUGGUGUCAUUGAUAGUUUUGCUACAGGCAUUGGAGGUGGUGGAUUCAUACUGAUUCGAUCCCCUAAUGGUACUUUUGAAUACAUUGAUUUCAGAGAGACUGCACCAGCUGCUGCUACACAAGACAUGUUUGUUAAGAAUCCUGAACUGGCUAAAACAGGUGGUUUAUCAGUUGCCGUUCCUGGCGAAAUAAGAGGAUUAGAAUUAGCACAUAAAAGGCAUGGAAAGUUACCUUGGGAAGAUUUGUUUGAACCUUCGAUUCAAAUGGCUCGACAUGGAUUUAAGGCAACUAAAUUAUUAGAGACACGCGUAGAGAAAGAUAAGGCAUGGAUGCAAUACUUGAAGGAAUGGUCAGAAGUGUAUUUAGCGAAUGGUACUCCUGUCAAAGAAGGUGACAUUGUAAAGCGACCUUCUCUUGCCAAUACACUUGAGACCAUUGCUAAAGAAGGUGCAGAUGCAUUUUAUACCGGUGAAAUCGCCGCUUCUUUAGUGACAGCUAUUCAGGCCAACGGAGGUGUUGUCACUCUGGACGACUUUAAAUCCUAUCGUCCUGUGAUCCGACCUACCGUCAGUACUUUCUACAAUGGUCGUAAAGUCACGACAACAUCUGAACCCACUAGUGGCAUUGUGCUCUUGAGUGUACUGAAUCUGAUUGAACGGUUUCAAUUUAAAGUGGAGGGAUUGACUGGUCUGAAUGUACAUCGACUUGUAGAAGCAUUCAAGUUUGGCUAUGCUUUUAGAACAGAAAUGGGUGAUCCUGGAUUUAUCGAAAAUGGCGAGAGAAUGCAAGAAGUAAUGAAUAAGGAUUUCGCUGCCGGUGUUCGUCAAAACAUCACUGAUGACAUGACGCAUGAUCCAUUGUACUACGGCCCUAAAUUUGAUCACAUUGAAUCGCAUGGCACAAUGCAUCUUUCUGUGGUGGAUGAGAAUAACAGUGCUGUUGCGCUUACGUCUACAGUCAAUUUAGCCUUUGGUUCGCACAUUAUGGAUCCAAUCACAGGUGUUGUAUUGAAUGAUGAAAUGGAUGAUUUCUCUAUUCCUGGUGUUCCUAAUCAAUUCGGCCUUUACCCAAGCGAAUUCAAUUAUGUGAGUCCUGGUAAGAGACCGUUAUCGUCUAUUACACCUACUAUUAUUGAAAGAGAUGCUCAAUUUGAAAUGGCCGUUGGAGGAUCGGGUGGUUCUCUUAUACCCACUGCUACUUUAAAUGCUAUUGUAAACACAUUGGAUUACAGUAAAGAUUUAUAUCAAGCCAUUGCUUCCCCACGUGUCCAUCACCAAUUGUUACCUAAUGUUGUCGUGACUGAAAACGGCUUUUCUCGUCAACUUGAAAAGGAGCUGAUGGCUAAAAAUCAUCGAGUUAUGCAAAUACCUGCAGAGAUGUGCUUUUCAGCCGUACAAGCCGUUCGACGACUAUCUGAUGGUACAGUCGAGGCUGCCAGUGAUCCAAGAAAGAUGGGCAUAGCAGCUGCUUACUAG